UCCCUCUCCCUUUGUCACCGUCGCCCGGCUCUGCCUCGUCUCCCUCUCUCCACUACCACCACCCCCCCAGCGAAGAAACAGGAUGCCUAAUCGUGAAAAGACCACCUCAAGUGACCACAAUGCAUCUCAGAACAAAGACUGUAAUUCCAAAAGAGUGAAGGAGUGUGAAGACAGUCUUGCUGGAAACGUAUCCAACCUCUGUCCAUCUGAUCUCCCACUUUCUAGUCCUCCCCAAAUCCUUUCCAUGUCAGAGCUCCUGGAGGCAGCUAAUGAAGUUUCAAAAAUGACCAUAGCACAUGAAAUUAUAGUAAACCAUGACUUCAAAUUGCAAGAGACGAACUUCUUGUCGAACAGUUUGGAAGGCAGAGUGAAGGAGGCACUGCACAAAGCUUUUUGGGACAGUCUGAGAGAAGAGCUCUCCAAAACACCACCAGACUAUUCCCAUGCUAUUAGACUAAUACAAGAAAUCAAAGAGAGCCUGCUAUCCCUGAUCCUGCCUCGGCAGACCCGAUUGCGGAAUCAGAUUGAAGAUGCUCUGGACAUAGAGCUGAUAAAGCAAGAGGCUGAGCAUGGGGCUUUGGACAUCCCCAAUCUUACCACAUAUAUCCUUGGUAUGAUGGCAACACUCUGUGCACCUAUCAGAGAUGAGGAAAUACAAAGACUACGAAGCAUAUCAGACCCUGUUCAUCUGCUCAGAGAGAUCUUUCGAAUUCUGGACCUAAUGAAAAUGGACAUGGUAAAUUUUACCAUACAAGUCCUCCGACCUCAUCUUCAAGAGCAUUCUGUCCAGUAUGAGAGGAAAAAAUUCCGGGAGCUCCUGAACAAACUACCAAGUGCAUUUAUUGAAGGUAGCCUGGCUUGUACAGCUGAGUGGCUGCGCACAGCAGCAGCUAAAGUAUCAUCUGAUUCGCUACCCUCUUCAUCCAGCUCUGAAACCAGUGGAUCAUCUGUUCCACCAUGUGAAGUGGCUGCUGGAGAAGUUUCUAUCUGUAGUCCUACUGCUGUGCUAAACCAAGCAUACAUGGAUUUGCUGCACUGGGAGCCAGGAAAAGACUAUCCUGAAACUAUGUUGAUGGAUAAAGACCGUUUACAUACACUUCAGAUGCAAGUGAAUCAACUAGCCAUUAUUGCGGCAGUCGUACUAGUGAGCAGUAACAUGACUGGAAAUGUGUCAAGCUCACCGGGGUGUGUUGAUAGACUGAAAUGGGUAACAAAAGCCCUCAUAGAAGGACUUCCCAGCACAAGGUUAGAAGAUGCUUUACUGGACAUCAGCAAUCAAAUACAUCAGGAAGUGAAUAGCAUUCUCCUGCAGCUGGGAUACCCUGCUCUCAGCAAUGACAAGGCUGCUUCACUUAAAGGCCAAAUUAUGAGCAUUGCAGAUAAGGACAAUGUGGUACGAAUGGUAAUUGAGCAACGGAUUCAAACUUUUCUUAGUCAUUGUGUGUCUCCGGGUGGCCAGAACUCUAAGAAUCUCCCCCAAGGUCUUGUUCCUAUUCAGGAAGAACUGCUGGAAGUUGGCCAGAGAUUUGGCAGUUUGACUCACCACAACAGACAGGUUUUUGGUCCCUACUACUCAGAAAUACUGAAAAAACUUCUGCUUCCAGAGGGGAAGAAUGGAGGAGGGAUAGAGACCUACUAACCAUCUCAAACGAGACAGAGCAUGUGGCAGUAGGGAGAAGGGAGAAAGACUGGCAAUUGUUUAGACUGUGCUUUGGUUCAAAGUCCAGUGUAAUCAGCUAAGCAGCUGCCCUGCUCUGUGCAGUGGUAUCCAAAGCACUCGUACAGCUGGACUGUUGAAGCUGCUGAAUUAAUCAACUGACAAUGCCAGAUUUCGCCACAAUAAACCU